AUGCAAGCUGAUGACCUAGAGGAGUGCUGGACACAUUUCAAACGCAUCAUCAAGACCUCAGCGGAAACAGUAUGUGGUAGAAUGAGGGUCGGCUCUCUCCAGAGGAAACCGUCGUGGUGGACCAAUGAGGUGAAAAUAGAGGUUCAGAAGAAGAAGAAACUUUGGCGCAAAUACUUGCAGUCGAAGAGGCAGGAGGACUACAACUCGUAUAAGGAGCAGAGAGCAAUAGCCAAAAAUGCUGUGAAAAGAGCUAAGGAAAUGAGCUGGAUGGAGUUUGGAAGAAAGAUGGAGUCAGAUUUUGGUGGAAAUCAGAAACUGUUCUCCAAAACCCUGAAAAGUAUGAGAACUGAGAAACCUUGUCUUCUGAAGUGUAUAAAAAGUGAGGAAGGAACCCUACUGACUAAAGAUGAAGAAAUUAUGAGUAGAUGGAGAGAGUAUUUUUGUGAGCUGUUGGAGGGGGAAGGGAGAGGUACCCCUGAUCACUCACAGAAAGAGGAGUACCCAGGAGUGAUGCUGGUGGAAGAGGAUAUAAGGCAGGAAGAGAUGAGGGCAGCAAUUAACAAAAUGGAGGUUGGAAAAGCAGCUGGGCAUGAUGAGAUUACACCUGAGAUGAUCAAGUACAUUGGGGUGUAUGAAGAGAAGCUACUGCUGAAGGUGCUGAGGCUUGCCUGGAAGUACAAGAAGAUUCCAAAAGAUUGGGAGUUGGGAAUAAUAAUACCCAUCUUUGAAAAUGGUGAUGAUAGAGAGUGUAAAAAUCAUAGAGGCAUCACACUUCUCAGUGUUCCAGGGAAGAUAUACUCUUGUAUCUUGCAGAAUCAGCUACAGGAACAAGUGGAACAUCAACUGGAUGAGGCAUAA